GAAGCCGCUCGGAUUCUGGCCAUCUUUCCGAUUCCUUCUUACAGUCAUCAAGUGGUAUACCAAUCCAUUAUGAAAGAAUUAGCAAUUAGAGGUCACGAAUUGGUUGUUAUAACAACCGACCCAAUCAAAGAACAUUUCAGCAAUAUGAAACAAAUCGACGUGAGUUACGCCUACAAAAUUUGGAACAAGCACAACUUCACGUCCAUGGUUAAACGGAGUUACAAGAACCCUAUCGAACUAAUUAAAACGACCAUUGAUAUGUUGAACGAUAUCACCGUGUACGAGUUAGAACAUUCGGAAAUCCAGAAUUUGAUUGUAGAUACACGAGAACAAUUCGAUUUACUAAUGAUCGAAUACUUGUCCCCUACGUUCUUCGCGUUCAAGCACCGAUUCAACUGUCCGAUGAUCGGAAUAUCAUCAUCGGAUACAAGAGACACGGGGCACUGGGCUGUUGGAAAUCCAGUUCAUUCCGUUCUUUAUCCCGAUGAUUCUAUAUAUUUUAAAACGGAAAAGAAUAAUUUCUUUGAUCGAUUAAAACGUUUUUUAUCUAUCCACUUUUGA